AUGCCUCGGUCUUUCUUAGUUAAAAAGUACUUCGCCAAACAAAAGCCAAACUACAGUGAACUGGAAUGUCAGAAUGAUACGUCACUGGACAAAUAUCCUCUCGCUGAGCUCUCAUCCAGCGCCACCUGCUUGACAGCAGGUCUGGUGUGGGACCUCAGCGUCCUGCCUGCUCUCUACUUGCCCACCCCCCAAACGGAGCCUACGACCAUCCCGGGCCCUUUGGACCUCAGCUCCCCAUCCAGCCUCAGCAGCAGUGCCAGCAGUAGCGGCGAGGAGGACGAAGGCCGUAGUUCAGACCCCCCCAGCCCAGAACCGGUGCACACGUACGCCCCUCGUCAGCGGAUGAAAUGUACUGGCGUGAUGGCUCAUGUCAGUCCUCCGGAGGAAGAGGAAAGGGAGGCUCCCUUACCUGCGAGCAGGCCUGCCUUCCUCUGCAAACACUGCCCUAAAGAGUACACCAGCCUGGGGGCUCUAAAGAUGCACAUCCGCUCACACACCCUGCCCUGCGUGUGUACUACAUGCGGAAAGGCUUUCUCCAGGCCGUGGCUGCUGCGCGGCCACAUCCGCACACACACAGGCGAGCGUCCGUUCUCCUGCCCCCAUUGCAACCGAGCGUUCGCCGACCGCUCCAAUUUGCGAGCUCAUCUGCAGACCCAUGCCGAGGUGAAGAAGUACCAGUGCGGCGUCUGCUCUCGCACCUUCAGCCGCAUGUCGUUGCUGCAGAAACACAGCUCCUCAGGGUGUUGCUCCGCCAAUGUGUGA